ACUGACAAAAUAAAUCAGAUGCAGUUUCUCACUGUUCGGGUCGGGUGUAAAUUUAUCUAUUGUGUCUUAAUUUUGUUAUAAAUAGAUUUAUUAUUAAAUAUGUAAAUCUUAACAUAAAUCGUGAUUGGUACAAACUAAACACUUUUUCUCUUAAGUGCCUAUUUAAAACUCGUUUCCGUACACCAUUUUUAGACGAGUUUAUCGAGUAUCGACCCGAUCUCUGUUUUUAUUUAUAGUACGGGUAUAUUUGUCUGUUUGUUUUGCAAACAAAUAGUUUAUCCCGUGAAUUAAGGAGAGUGCAGUGAUAAUGUUGCUUUGAAGGAGUGAUUGCGCCUUUUAAAAAUGUGGCGUGUUAUAGUUUUUUGUGCGUUGAUGGGGUCUACUUUGGGGCAGUCGUGGGUGACAAAUAUUACUGAUAAUCUUCGAGAUGGCUUGUCCCGAGUACUGGACUCGUCCGUGGUUAACUACUCAACGCCCGUGAUCAAUGUCAGCUAUGGAGCCAGGGUGGAAUUCGACAUGCGCGCUAUGGGUCAUCUUUAUAAUUCAAGCCACAGCAUUAUAGACAUCAUCGCGAAUAAACAAGCAUAUCCAGAAGGUAUAGUCUGGUUUUCUGAUGGAAACUUAGAAGUAGCACCUCUGCAGGAGAAAUGGAAGACCCUGCUAGCCCAUUACGCUGGACCUGUUGCUGUGAUUGUCGUUCUUGUCCUCUUGGUCGCUAUACUUCCACUUACCGGCCUGUUCUGGUGCUGUUGUCAGUGGUGUAAGUCUGGUCGGAGAAGGAGGCCGUUCGACCGGAAAUACGACGCAUGUCUCAAAGGAAUACUGGCCAUCGUUCUUAUAGCAUUCCUUACUUUAUUUUUAUUCGGCGUCGUAAGUGCGUUUGCUACUGAUUCUCAACUAGACACCGGUACUACAAAUGUAGCAAAGACUGUUAAAUCUAGCGUGCAUGACGUCACAGAAUUCCUGAAUGCCACGCAGGCACACUCCAGACAUUUACUAGUCACUAACUUCAAGGAGCUUGAGGCGGAACUUAACGAGAUGCUUACAAGUAGCGGUCAAACGGUGCUAAAAGUGUUGGAUGAUUUCACAAGCGCUACAUCUGUGCAAAAGUUGAAUGGAAUGGUUCAGCAGUUGGAUAGAGUUCCCGAGGAUUUAAGGACUGUACAAAAAUCAACUUCAGCGCUGCGAUCGAAGGCUGAAGAACUCGACGCUGGAUUACGUCGAGUUAAGGCAUUGCUACAUCGUACGUUGGUUGCUUGUCAGGAAAAGGAAUGUAUAAAGCUCCAAGAGAAAUACCGACUUGGACAGUUAGGCACCGAAAUACAAUAUAAUAUGAUUCCGGACGUAUCAGAUCUCUUGACCAAUGUCAGCUCGCUCCUAGAGAGUAAUAUAAAAGAAGACGUUGCUGCUGGUUUGGAAGUCUUCAGCGGAAUCAAGAAGACCGUUGACCAGCACAUACCGAAGGUCCAGGAGGCUAUUACUGAUACGGGUCGGCGUUUGGCCGGUGUAGCAGAUGAGAUUACAUAUGCAGCCGGCAAUAUGACCAAGCAACUUGCACAAGUCAACGUCAAGACUGAUGAAAUACAACGCGAUUAUAUAGAACGAUACGCGCCGUAUCGCAAAUAUGUGUCGAAGGCCGCCGCAGCUGUGUUGCUUUUGAUUGUAGUAGUGAUGUCGUGGGGACUUCUAUGCGGUGUAUGUGGUAAACGACCUGACGUGUACGGCACAAGUGACUGCUGUAAUAAAGGAACUGGAUCUACUUGUCUUCUGUGUGGUAUAGCGAUAACACUGUUCUUGGGUGCCUUUAUCGCUAUAAUGAUCUUGAUUUAUUUCGUAUUCGGCGUCACGGCACAGAGAUUCGUCUGCGAUCCUUUGACUGAGCCCCGCGAUAACCGAUUAUUUGCGGAUGUUGAGAUGUUUGUGGACUUCGAGAAAGUGAUGUUCAACGAGAAAAGUGAUCCGGACUUUAAUAUCACCUCUGUCUUACUCGCCUGUCAUCACAAUAAGACUGUGUAUGAGGUCCUACAUCUUAACCGCCUUUACGAUUUGGAUGAAGUGAAACAAUCAGUACAAAAAAAACUGGGUGUCAGUGUAUCUUCCCUAAGAACAGAUUAUCCGCCCCGGGGUCGUCCUUUGCUUAUUUUAAAACCAGCAGCGAGGGAAAAAUUAGAUCAAUUGGCUAACACAGGACUCUCUGACUUCAAUUUUGAUAAGAUUUUGGAGGCGCUGGAAACAAACAUAACGUCUCUACCAUUAGAGUCACUGUCGUCCCAACUACAGCAAACGGCGAGGUCCCUUACAGGACGAGCGGGGUAUGGAGAAGUUGCCAGGAGUUUGAGGGAAGCGGCUGACCAAUUAGACAAAUUGCAGAGGGAUGUUGUCAACCCGAUGUUGGAACAUACUGCUCAGUUAAAUAAAACAGCAACAGAACUUCGAGAUGUACUCCGUUUCAAUCAAUCAUCGCUUAAGGAAGCCAUUCAGUACCGCAUCAGGGACACAACUGAAGUCGAAUUAUUCCUUAACACUCAAGGCCCUGAUUUGGUACAAAAUUUGACCCACGAAUUUGCUGAAGUAGUGGGUGCGCGCCUUCAAGAGUACCUGAGCUUGGUGGCGGCAGCCGCUCAUACGAAGGUCGGCCGAUGUGAGCCGCUCUCGAAUGCGUUUAAUGCUACAAGGGAUUCUGUCUGCCGUGCUGUUCUCAUGCCAACUCAUGGGUAUUGGAUAUCUCUGGCCUGGUGCGUCUUACUAUUCGUGCCCCUGAUGGUCAUCGCUCAGCGGCUGUCACGGCUUUACCGACAUCCCGAUCCAUAUCCGGGACCGCUUGUUGAGGCCGAAUAUUUGUAUGACGCGUACGCGGACCGCGAUAACAUACCCCUUGCCAACGCCUACAAGGCUGAGAAGCGAAGCGGGCGCAACAGACGCGAGGGGCGGGAGGGGCGCGAUGUUCGCGAGACGCGGGAGGGGAGGGAGGGGCGCAGGGGGGAGGCGGAGAGCGCCGGCGUCGCCCUGGCGCCACCCCUCGACGCACACCACGCGCGCAGAUAUAAUGAUAUGGCGCCAAAACACUGGGAGGAAGGACUGCCACGCUACCACGGACCUACUGAGUACGAGCGACCCCCACCCUACUACUAUCCCGGACCAAAUGAUAGACAGUAAAUUGGCGCUCACAGAACUAGACGAUGAUCUACUGAAGUACUAAGUCCGAUCUUCACGCAACGUAUGUACAACACACCCAGACAAUCGUAACCCAUAAAUCUAUAGAAUAACUUCAUAUUUUUCCAUGUCGUAUAUUUGUCUCUUAUUCGAGCUGAAAGCGUCAAUUGCACGAAUUUCAUAUGAAAUUUAUAGAACAUGGGUUCUAUAAAAAAAAAGAAGCUAUUUCAAAAUUUAUUGGUCUAAAAAAUCUCAUAGAGAAUAGACAAAAUAGAACGUAAUUAAAGAUUACGUUGUAAAAUUGUUGAAAAAUCUUCUUUGUGGGUCACGUUUAUUCUGUUUUAAGUACGGGCCAUGUAUGGUCUACAAAAAUAUCACCUAAAAUAUAUUCGUGGAAAUUUCUGCAACUGAAGUUGUUCUCAUAAAUAAAGCGUUGCUUGCAUUCGCAAGAUUAGGAAUUUCGGUCCAUUAACGCGCAUCGAAAGAAAGUAUUUUUCUAGGAUAACUUUGAACUAUGUCAUCUAUAACUGUUUAGUAAUUUAUCUAAGUGUAAGGGUCUUUGGACAGUUUUUCUUGAUAUUAAAUCUUUGAUGUAUAUUCAUAAUCAAUAUGGAGAGUUAAGCCACUAUUCUGAUCACACAGAGCUACAUACAAAAGCGAAUUAAGAAUUUAUAAGUAAUUCAUUAACCAUUGCCGUUCAUAGCUGUCCAAUGACUUAAUAUUAUUAGUACUAAAUGUAAGGAUGGGAUCGUAUUCAGUAUGUAUGUGGAAAUGACGUUGUUCCAAUUGUCAAAGUAACUGCCAUAAUUCGACUGUCCUGUAUUUUUAAACUGUUAGCGGAUUUAUCUUUUUAAUGCGCCGAUGCCUCUUCAGAAUUAAUAUUGGUCGUGAGAUGUUGAGAAACGAUGGCAUCUGUCUAAAGAAUUGGAGUUGUCCAGGGUGUUUGGUUUCCUGUGAUAAAUAUAUAGGAAAACUUUGUUUCCGAAUUAGUGAAGUCUGAAGAUGGUGAGGCGCUUAGCUCAAGAGUAUAUUGUGUGAAGUUGUGACCCGAGGUCAGCUUCGCUUUAAGUUUGUGGUAUUCUUUACGUGUUUCGCGGCUUCCCGCACAAAUAUCAAUUUCAGAGGUUCUUUACUUAGCGUUGAAAAUGUGUUCCAUAGGUUUUCGUAAGGCGCUUAUAAGAUUUAGUUAACUGCGGUUAUGUUGGUCCCCAGUUAUAUGUUAAAGGAGUUUCGUGGAAAGUGUGUAGAUACCUAUUUAGAUAGGUUGUUGUUAUAGGAUUGGGCGAUGAAGGCGAUUUUUCAACUUUCUUAUAAGCACUUACAAUUAUUAAAAUUUUUGUAGCCUUUUUGAAUCUUGCACUUUUUUGAGUGUGGUAAGAAAUGUGGUAGAUUUGGAUUUAUGAGUGUACUGGUGGGAGGCGUUUGUUCGCUAGAAAUUCCGAAUACUUAGCAGGAAUAAAAAACUUGUAUUGUUUUUUUUGGGAUAAUUGUCGGAAUGUAGCGGAUAACUGCCAGAAAUUCUCGUAACCGACAUCACUUACGAGAUUAGAAACGCAUUUAAAUUAGUUUAGUGUCAAGUUGUAACGUAAAUUAAGAGUUGGGAUGUGAUGGACGCCAUGCCAAACCUUAUACUAUAUUUACUCUUAAGACUAUAUUGUCUAGAUUUAGUUAGGUCUAGAACGAUUUCACCGUAAAGUGAUAGAUAUGAAUCUAGAGGUACAGUCAGAUAUUUUAGAGGACUUUUUAUUUACCCCGUUUUAUAUUAUGUAAGCGUGCAAAAUUAAGUGGUAAUGAUUUUCCGUGAAAAUUUAGUUAGAAAAAUUACAUAUAAUAACAAAUACAAUAACAUUACUUCACGCUAUUUUAAUAGUCCCAUGGUUUUGCACGUUUAUGUACAAAUAGUAUUCUUUAUUUCUUGUGAUUUAAGUUUGACUAUUUUAUAACUGAAUUUAAUAAAUUUAAGUUUGUAUCGCUAUUUGGGCGUGUUCCCCCGCCAAUAUUCUAAUACUCUCAAGACACGCCCACUCUAGUUUAAAAGGUUAGUGCUAGUCUAUAACUGGCCUUAUAUCCUAUUUAGUUAAUUUUAUCUAUAUUUUAAGUUCAAAUGUUGAUUGUGUCAUAUCGUAAGUUAAUCGUGGGAAAUGCCAAAAAAUAUUUUCACCUAAAAGGUGUGUUGGGAGGAAAUAAUGUUAUUGCUGGAUUUCAAACUCACACGCAUUGGAAUAAUUCACCUCUUCCACAUUUGGGUGUCAUUUGUGAAAUGCCAGUUUUUGGUUAAUUGAUCUCUUAAGGGUGCACGUCUUCCUCUAUUUAUAGUCCAACCUUAAUAACUUACUAUUUAAUUGCAAAUGACAUUCUAAUAAUUUGUAUUAUAAUUUUUUUUUAAUUUACAAGACCCAAUUAUAAAUUACAGAUGCAUUUUGUAGCAUAAAUAAUAAGUUAUUAAGAUCGGUCAAAGCUCAGAUGUUCGGAAAAAAUAACUUUUAGAAAAAUAUCACUGCUCAAUAAUUAGGAUUCACCACUUGUGGUACUUUGUGCAUCUUUUUGCCUACAGCCAGCUGGUCGCUGAUAAUUAUAUUUAAAUUCGAAUUGAAAGCGUAUUUACAUCACAUUUGUGUUAUAGUCACAAAUUGUCUUAGAUUCCUUGUAUUAUUUUUAGUUUUGGGUGAUCCCCUAGUACGUAACUAGUGAUCGAGUUUAAUCUAUUAAAAUAGAAAUUGGACAGACGAGACGAUUAGGUCAUUGUGGUAUCUUUUUUAUACAAAAACCCUUAGACUGUCAACUCAAUUCCUUCUCGUGUUUGAACUUCUAAGGGUAUCGAUUAUAAAAUCAAUGUAUGAAAAAGAUCUUAAGGCAAUGGUCUGAUUUAAUUCAGUCUUAGCUAAUCGAGAGAUGUACCUAUACGAUAUGUUCUGGUAGUUGUAACGAAAAGUUUUUUAUGAAUGUCCGGUUUGGACUGUGCCACGUAUGUAUCAAGGAUUGUAAAAUAAAUAUGAUUAUCUCCAA